AUGGUGGCAUUGCCACAAUGGAUGGAUCAAAAAACCAAUGCCAAGUACAUUAUGGAUGUGUGGAAAAUAGGACUUAAAGCUCCAUGUGAUGAGAGAGGGGUUGUAAGACAAGAAGCAGUAGAACAUUGUAUAAGUGAAGUAAUGGAGGAAGAGAAAGGGAAAGCAAUACAGAGGAAUUCAAUCAAAUGGAGAGACUUAGCCAGGAAGGCAGUGUGUAGAGGUGGAAGUUCUGAUAAAAACAUUGAUGAGUUCAUUGCAAAACUGCAGGUUCAGCCCUAG